GGAUGGGGCCGGGGCCGCCCGCGGGGCCGCGGAGACGGGCGGCGGGGACGGGCGGCGGCGGUGGCGGCACCUCCUGCGCGACAUGAGCACCGGCACAGUUUCGCAACCCCAGGCUGUACAUAGCCAACUGGAGAAGCCAUCAAGUACUGCAAUUCUCUGCAAUACCUGUGGAAACCCAUGCAAAGGAGAAGUUUUGAGAGUUCAGAACAAAUAUUUCCAUAUUAAGUGCUUUGUUUGCAAAGCUUGUGGAUGUGACCUGGCUCAAGGAGGAUUUUUUGUGAGACAGGGAGACUACAUCUGUACUUUGGACUACCAGAGACUCUAUGGUACACGAUGCUUCAGUUGCGAUGAAUUCAUUGAGGGAGAAGUGGUCUCAGCACUGGGCAAAACCUAUCACCCAGACUGUUUUGUGUGUGCUGUGUGCAGGUUGCCUUUCCCCGCAGGUGACCGGGUAACUUUUAAUGGGAAAGAGUGCAUCUGCCAGAAAUGUUCCCUGCCCCCUUCCAGCAGCACUGGCUCUUUCCCAGUACAGAACUUGCGAAAUUGUGGAGGCUGUGGUUCAGAAAUAAAAAAUGGGCAGUCAUUGGUUGCCUUGGACAAACACUGGCAUUUGGGCUGUUUUAAGUGCAAUACAUGCGGCAAGCUACUGAAUGCAGAGUACAUCAGCAAAGAUGGCAUUCCAUAUUGCGAAACAGACUAUCAUGCAAAGUUUGGUAUCAGAUGUGACAAUUGUGAAAAGUAUAUCACAGGAAGAGUGCUCGAGGCAGGAGAAAAACAUUAUCACCCAACUUGCGCACGAUGUGUCAGGUGCAGUCAGAUGUUUGCAGAAGGAGAAGAAAUGUAUCUUCAAGGUACAUCCAUCUGGCAUCCAGUUUGUAGACAGGCUGCCAAGGCUGAAGAAAAAAACAAGGAAACAAGGACUUCCUCUGAGAGUAUUAUUUCUGUACCUGCUUCAAGUACAUCAGGUUCCCCAAGCCGUGUGAUCUAUGCAAAGCUUGGAGAUGAAAUUCUUGACUACAGGGAUUUGGCUGCUCUUCCUAAAAAUAAAGCCAUCUAUAACAUUGACCGCCCAGAUAUGAUCUCCUAUUCUCCAUAUAUCAGUUACUCUUCAGAUGACAGGCAUAGUUAUGGGGAGGGUGACCAAGAUGACAGAUCUUUCAAACAGUACAGGACAUCAAGUCCUAGCUCUGCCGGCUCACUGGGUUAUGGUCGCUACACUCCAACGUCCCAUUCUCCUCAGCAUUACAGCAGACCAGCUGGUACUCAGAGUCUUGGUACCAGUAGCUGCAUCUCCCUGCCCCAACACCCAAGCCCUACAUCUACAUUCAGACAUCAUUACAUCCCUUUCUUCAAAGGCAGUGAAAGUGGUCGGAGCACUCCAAGCUUAUCCAUGUACUCAGACAGCAAAUCUUCAUCUUCUGUCUAUCAGCAGGCUCCUAGACAUUUCCAUAUUCCAGACACUGGCAUAAAAGAUAACAUCUAUAGGAAACCUCCUAUCUACAAACAGCAUGCAUCAAGAAGAUCAGAAGGGGAGGAUGGAAGUUUGGAUCAGGACAGUAAGAAGCUAAAGACCAGUUGGCUUAUUCUGAAAGGGGAUAUGGACACCAGAACUAAUUCCCCAGAUUCAGAAACUCGGUCCCUGUCUCUUACUCCCGGAACUGACAGAGAAAACUUCCAGAGAACACAAGAGGGUACUACUGCCACAUACUCCCGAUUUCCAUAUGCUAAAUCUGCUUCUCUACCUGGUUAUGGAAGGAAUGGUUUGCAUCAGCCUGAAAAUAUGGGCCAAUACGAAACAGACCAGGAGGCGAGCUGGGGGAUGAAAGAAUACAAGGUAAGAAGGGCUUUUCCAACACUGGAAGAACAAUCAGAUUCAGCACUUCCUAGCAAGAUUUAUCCUUAUGAAACCCUUAUUGUAACAAACCGAGUUCGUGUGAAAUUGCCUAAGGAUGUGGACAGGACCAGACUGGAGGCCCAAAGACCACAGGCAAAUCACCAGAAACCAAACCUCUGAGCCCCAGGUGUGAGUCUGGGACAAAUAUCCAAAGGCAUUUGUCCCCUGAAGAGUUCCAGGAAGUCUUCAAAAUGAGCAUUGAGGAAUUUGAUCGUCUGGCACUUUGGAAGCGGAAUGACCUGAAGAAGAAGGCCUUGCUUUUCUAGUCCCUCAUGGAUAAAUAUGUGCUUAA